ACGCAAUGAAUCUGGCGCUCUUUGCGUGGUUGCGUCACAGGGUGAUUCCUGUUGAGACCGCGCGUAACCCAGACGUUCAAUACUUUGUUGAAUGCAGUUGCAAAAAGCUGUAUUUUGAUAUUUAGAUAUUAGAAUAUUGAUAGCGAACUUAGUAUUAUUUCGUCUUUGCUUCGCUUUUGUGGAUACAAUCAAGGUGUCAGCAGUUUUGUAGAUUUGAAACCACCCGGUUAAAUUCGUUGGUGAUCAACGAGGAUCGAAGAUAGCACCAUCAUCAAAAUCAUCAUCGAUAAUUGAGGUCUGGGCGAAAUAAAACACGGUUCAGCUGAAUUUUAACCGAAACCUGAUCUAAUCGUCGAAGAAUCGGAUCACUUGUUUAGUGUUGCAAGUUUUGAUCACAAGACCACUCUGAGCAUAUGGCAGACCUCCUUCGGUUGUGCGGGAGCGUACGUUAUUAACGUUAGUUAAUCUGUUAAAUUCAAAAGCAACCGGACUUCAACUAGAAGACAUUUCGCUUUUUCUCAAAGUGACUCCACAAGAUCAUUAGCAGGAAAUCAAACAGCCAACAUCAAGAAGAACCCAGCUUUAUGGUACCACCCCACCAUGUUGGGUAUUAUGGAUCAUCACCAAGACACCGUCCGGAAAUGUAAAACGGAGGCUUUGCCUCCAGAGCGUAGGAAGAGGACCGUGGAGGAUUUCAAUAAGUUUUGCAGCUUUGUCCUGGCCUAUGCUGGGUACAUUCCACCUCAAAAAGAAGAGAGUUCAUGGUCUCCGUCUUCAUCUCCAUGUACACACAAGCUUUCUGAGCUCUCGGGUGAAGGGUCUGUAAAAGAUAGCUGGACGGAAGCACGCUCCAACCUCAACAACAUUCAGUGUUUGGUCCACAAAGCUGAGACAGACAGCAGCAGCACAGAGUUCAGCCAUCUUCAGUCGGACAGCUCCUCAGACAAGAUGAGAUUGAAAGACACUCUGAAUCAGAUCCAUCUGGAUAGUAAAGCUGAAAGGAAGAAGGUUAAGAAACUCGGACGCUUAUCUUUAGGAGGGCCGAGGAAAAGCCUCUCAGAGGCAAGAGCACACAAACAAUCGAAAACAGCACUAAAGAAAAUAAAGAGAUCAGUAAAGGCUGAGAGACACUUUCAAUCCACAAGCCCUUUAAACGAGGGGUUUCAAAAGGAGGAGGGGCUAACCGAACAGGCUGUUCACAUGCACGAGGCGGGGCUUAAACUGGAGUCCAAUCAAGAAACAGACCUGAGCUCUUGCGAAACGGACACAUUGGUGACUGAUGAGGAUAUUAUGGUCGAGUCUGGUGAUGAUUCUUGGGAUUUGGUUACUUGUUAUUGCGGGAAGCCUUUUGCCGGACGUCCCAUGAUUGAAUGUGACGAGUGCUCCAUUUGGGUCCAUCUCUCCUGCGCUAAGAUUAAGAAGUCCAACGUUCCUGAUAUUUUCUACUGCUACAGAUGCAGAGACUCUCUGGGCUCCAUGGUCAAAAGAGACCACUGAGAAUGAAUGUGUGGGUGCAGAUCUUGUGUCUAUUUAAAUGGAUGAGAUAUUCUCAUAAUUUUUUUUUUUUUUUACUCUUCUGAUUACUCUUAAUUAGUUUGUUAAAUUAAAUCAGUUUUAUAUAACUCCAUUUGUUCUCCUUUGUUCUGUGUUAAUAGACCGUUCUUGGUUUAUGACAGUAAGUGGUUAUCAAAUUUAAUGUGUACUAAAACUCAUGCACUUAUUUGCACUACUAUACGAGUGUUGUGUUUUUGAUUGUACACAAACCUAAAAUUAUUAUUGGUGACAAAUGUGCACUAUGACCACAUAUUGUGUAGAUAAAUAAAUGAACAUCUCCCGUGGCCCUCUGGUAUUUCACAGCUAUUGUCUUUUAUUAACAUUAUUAUUUAUAUAUAUAUAAUGAAUUUCACAAAACCAAGGAUGUGUCUGGUUCAGAUUUCUCUCCAAGUUGAAAGAAAAUUGAGCAUAUUUUAGGACCAUUAAGAUUGUUUUCUUGACAUCAAACCACAUUUCACAAAAGUUUGCAUAUUUAUAAGAUUUAUCCAAAUGCCAUGUACAUGCAUCCAUUAAAACAACUUCACUUCCAGUAAA